UCUUAUUGGCUAACGCACAUGGAGGUCGUUGCAGAUGGGCGGAGCCUUUCUUCAGAGCUCCUCCCACUGUAUGACUGUGGUAAAAGUCCUCAGUUAGCCACAGUGACGGUUUCCUUCCUCAUCGGGUCCUAAGUUUGUUCAGGAGUUUGUACGGGAUGACAACAUUAGCACAGAUGAAGGAGAUGCUCCGUCUAGCCGAGGCCGUGUGCUUUGAUGUGGACAGCACUGUGAUCAGGGAGGAGGGCAUCGACGAGCUGGCCAAGUUCUGUGGGGUUGGAGAUGCUGUGACUGAAAUGACUCGGAAGGCCAUGGGAGGUUCAGUAACGUUCAAAACAGCUCUGACGGAGCGCCUGUCUAUUAUCAAGUGUUCACGGGAGCAAGUUAACAAACUGAUAACAGACCAUCCUCCUCAGCUGACUCCAGGUAUUAAGGAACUUGUGGAGAGGCUACAUCAGCGCAAUGUGAAGGUCUUUCUCAUUUCUGGAGGCUUUCGCUGCAUUGUGGAGCACGUAGCCACUCAGCUCAGCAUUCCUCUCGACCAUGUCUAUGCAAACCGCUUGAAAUUUUACUUCAAUGGAGAGUAUGCAGGAUUUGAUGAGACUCAACCCACAGCGGAAUCAGGAGGCAAGGGCAAGGUGAUAAGUCUGCUAAAGGAGAAGUAUGGCUUCAAAACAAUAGUAAUGAUUGGAGAUGGAGCCACUGACCUGGAAGCCUGCCCUCCUGCUAGCGCGUUCAUUGGAUUCGGGGGCAAUGUGGUGCGGCAGCAAGUCAAAGAGAAGUCAUCUUGGUACGUGACAAGUUUCGGAGAGCUGAUAAAAGAGCUUGAGAAGAUUUAGUGUUUCACCAGCAUGUAGUCUCACAUUGCCUUGUUUGUGUGCCUUUACAUAUUGCACAGUUUUACUUACUUGCACAUACUUUUAAUUUUAAUGUUUGUUUAAUAUUCCAUCAUAUGAAGCUUUUUAAUACAGUACAGAGUUUACAAGGUGUAGCAGACAUGUGUUAAUGUUAAUCAAGUCAAAAACUGAUCAAACCUCUAUUUUUAAUUUCUUAUGAUUGUGAUUAUAGUGUUUUUAUGAUGGUGAUGCUUUAGAAGAUCUUCAAAUUAUUUUUGAUUUUUUUAAACGAUGAUAUAUGUAACAUGUGUAUCAUUGAAAGGAGACUUUUUCA